CGCCGUGACGCGCCCGUGACGUAGUGACGUGUGGACAACAAACAGUCGUCGGGUCUCCAGCUAGCUAGCAGAAGCUAACGCUUUAUACACGUAGCGUCUCCUUCAAACCCCGUACGGGGGGUUUCCACUUGCGCCGGGAUAUUAAUUUAAUUCCCCCAAAAAAUAUCGAAUAGCAUCGGUUCAUUCGGUGGACGUAGCUGUCUCUGGGAAACAAACCGCUAGCACUGACGUUAGCCACCGAGACGUGUUCCCUGCUCGCUGUUUUUCUCCUUGAGUCCAGGCUUCUGGUGAGCCGCUCUCCAGGGCACCGAGACCUGGUCACCAGCCAACCGAGACGCGAUCCCAAGCCCACCGAGACCCGUUCCCCAGCCCACAGAGACCCGGUCCCCAGCACACCGAGACCCGCUCACCAGCCCACCGAGACCCGCACUUCAGGGCACCUAGACCAACUCUCCAGACCUCCGAGACCCGCUUUCCAGCACCGCAAGACCCGGUCUCUAACACACCGGGACCCGCUGCAGGUGACGGGACCGUUUUACCGACAGAACACCAUAUAGUUUGUCAGAGGUCAAGCCUUUGGGUCCCACGAAAAAGUGGACAAUGAAGCCUCAUCUCGGCCUACAUGUCAUCGGGCAUUAAGUUGAAGCUAGGUAGCGCAGCCAAGUUCAUGCAAAUCCACUGGUCUGGACUGGCUCACUGUACUGGCUCACUGUACUGUCUCACUGUACUGGCUCAAUGUACUGGCCUAAUGGAGGCGCCCUGACUGAACUGGACGUCCUGAUCUUUCAAACGCUGCAUGCAGUUUGCUGAUGGCCUGACGGCUGUUCCUGCGUUAUCACAGGGGGUCAAAUUGUAGAACCAAAUAAUGUCCACUGCCUGAUUGAUUGGUACUAGUAGUUCUAGAUCUAGUACCCAGCCUCUCUGCCAAAACUGAAGACUGCAUUAACUGGAGAUGAGAACAUGAACAUCGAGGAGCAGCCUUUAGAUCUGUGCAAUGUUAAAACACAGAGCAGCGUGAACCAUGAGCACAACAGCAGCCACACAGAGGGCGUCCUGUCCCGGAUCACUGAACUGAUGAUGGACGGGGACACAGGCAAACAGAACAAUGUCCCCCCACAGCCCUGUGAGACGUACCUGCUCCCCCCGCGGACUGACCCCCUGAGGGGGGUGGAGGAGGACAACCACCCGGGCCCGGGGACUCGGCUACUUGACGAGGUGAACGGGAAUAUGAACAGCAGUGGCGCCCCAGACGGCCCCACAGCUGGACACCCUAAGGACCGUUCGGGUCUGGAGGAGACCCACGGGGACAUCAGGGUGGAGGUCAUCGAGCAGAGCAACACGGAGAGUGCCAAGUUCGCCAUGGGGGACGGCGGCGGGGACAUGGACAUCGGGGUGGACUUGAGCCUGGAUGAGAGCGGGGUCCUGGAGGGCGACCCAGAGAGCCCGGAGCCGUCGGUGACCGUGGAGUCGUCGGCGGCCGCCUGCAGAUACACCAACAAGGAGGCAGAGAGCCCCUCCGAACGAAGCCAGGAAAGGACAGAAGCUGCUGCGGCCCCCGACCAGGCCCUGUUGCCCCCCAGCCUGGAGGAUGGGGGGGACCACCACAGAGCAGAUACCAAGAAGGUGACCUUCCCCUCAGAUGAGGAUAUUGUUUCUGGAGCUGUGGAGCCCAAGGACCCCUGGAGACAUGCCCAGAACGUGACCGUGGAUGAGAUUCUCAACGCCUACAGACAAGGCUGCCAGAAGCUCAACUGCAAGCCCAUCGCCAAAGUGCUCAAACAGAUUCAGGAACUGAAAGAUCUGACUCAGCGAAACGAAUGCCUGGAUCUUAAAGGUGAGAAGCUGGACUACAAGGCCUGCGAGUCCCUUGAAGAGGUGUUGAAGAGGGUGCAGUUCAAGUUGGUGGACCUGGAGCAGACGAACCUGGAUGAAGAUGGGGCGUCGGCGCUGUUCGAUAUGAUCGAGUACUAUGAGUCGGCCACGCACCUCAAUAUCUCCUUCAACAAACACAUCGGCACGCGGGGAUGGCAGGCCGCCGCCCACAUGAUGAGGAAGACCAGCUCCCUCCAGUACCUGGACGCCCGCCACAGCCCCCUGCUGGACCACUCGGCCCCCUUCGUGGCCCGGGCACUGAGGAUCAGCGGCAGCCUGGUGGUCCUCCACCUGGAGAACGCCGGCCUCUCAGGACGGCCCCUCAUGCUGCUGGCCACGGCGCUGAAGAUGAACAUGAACCUGCGGGAGCUAUACCUGGCGGACAACAAGCUGAACGGCCUGCAGGACUCUGCGCAGCUGGGGAACCUGCUCAAGUUCAACUACAACAUCCAGAUCCUGGACCUGCGCAACAACCACAUCCUGGACACGGGGCUGGCCUACGUCUGUGAGGGCCUGAAGGAGCAGAGGAAGGGCCUGGUCACCCUGGUGCUGUGGAACAACCAGCUCACGCACAACGGCAUGGGCUACCUGGCUGCUGCUCUGCCGUGCACCCAGAGCCUGGAGACACUCAACCUGGGCCACAACUCCAUCGGGAACGAGGGCGUCCACCAGCUGAAGGACGGCCUGAUCUCCAACCGCUCGGUGCUGCGUCUGGGCCUGGCCUCCACCAAGCUCUCCUGUGAAGGCGCGGUGGCGGUGGCUGAGUUCAUCGCUGAGAGCUCUCGGCUGCUGCGUCUGGACCUGCGGGAGAACGAAGUGAAGACGGGCGGCCUAAUGGCUCUGUCCCUCGCCCUGAAGGUCAACACGUCCCUGCUGAGGCUAGACCUGGACCGCGAGCCCAAGAAGGAGACGGUGAAGAGCUUCAUCGAGACGCAGCGCAUCCUGCUGGCCGAGAUUCAGAACGGCUGCAAGAGGAACUUCAUCCUGGCCAAGGAGAAGGAGGAGACGGACCAGAAGAUGAGGCAGUCCGCCUCCAUGGCGGAGAUCGCCACAGAGGACGGCCCCCCCACAGAGGAGGAGCCCUCGGACCCCGCCCUCCAGAAGGCGGGGCUCCAGAACCAGGGGGACGGCGAGGUCGGAGACGGCCAAUCAGAGAAGAGCAGCCUCCUGUCAGAGUCGAGCGCUGGCCAAUCGGAGUCGAACGUCGGCCCGGCAGAGACCUACCCCGAGACGGAAGCCCCGCCCCUCUGCGAGGAGUCGGACUCGGACACAGAGGAGGAGGAGGAGGUCCAGGCCGAAACCUCCUCCGGCUUCACCGAGACCGGCCCCCGGCCCCAGGCUGCGCCCCCCCGCAGCGCCUCCCGCGUCCCGCCGCCCUCGCCGGCCGUCCCCAUCACCGGGAGGAGCGUCCUGUCGGCCGUCACGGUGACGGAGUCCCCCCUGCACCGCGGGCCGCCCCCCUCCCCCGGCCGCCUCAUCGCGGUCUCCAGCCCCGGGAGGGGCCACAAGGUCUUCAUGGUGACCCGGGUGGAGAGCCCCCCCGACCAGCAGCAGGCCACGGGGGGCCACCAGAACAGCGGCAGCCGGUCCGGGUUCACCGCCCCGCCGUCUGCUGAGUCCGGCCCCCCCACAGACGACCCCCGCAGCGAAUCACAAUCCACGGGCCUCACGGACCAGAACCUGCCCCACGGACCAGAACCUGAACCUGCCACGGACCCUGUGGCCCCCCCAACCCCCCCACUGAUGCUCCCCGAGGGCCCUGCGGAGGAACGGAACCAGCAGCUCACCCCGGACCUGUCUGCGGGGGCCCGCACUGUAGACCCUGAGGGCCCCCCAGCCAACCAGACUUCCUGCUUCCCCAGCACUCAGGCAGAACCAGGGGUGCCCCCCCAGACCCCCAGUGGACCCCAGACCCCCAGCGGACCCCAGUCCCCCAGCGGACCCCAGUCCCCCAGCGGACCCCAGACCCCCAGCGGACCCCAGACCCCCAGCGGACCCCAGACCCCCAGCGAACCCCUGACCCCCAGUGUACCCCAGACCCCCCUGACCCCCAGUGUACCCCAGACCCCCCUGACCCCCAGUGGACCCCAGACCCCCAGUGGACCCCAGACCCCCAGUGUACCCCAGACCCCCCAUGUACCCCAGACCCCCCCCCAGACCACGUGGUCCGGCCCCCGAGAGCCAGCGGCCCCAGCAGCAGCGUGGGAGAGCAGCAAGGAGGGAGAGGAGGUACAGGGGGAGGAUCCAGAGGAUAAAAUGUCCGCCGCCGAGCAGCAUCAGGCAGUAGGGGGCGUGGGGACCCCCCAGGCAGGCAUGCAGGAAGUGCCUGAGACUCUGAAGGAGGCGCAGUCGCCCAGCCCCCCAACAGGGGAAAGCCCGCCCCCGCCCUCCUGGGAGGACCAUCCUCUGAGCCCACUCCUGGACCUCACCCCCCAGGGGAGGGUUGCCGACCAGGGGGGGCAGGGGGCGGGGCCAGCAGUCCUCCCCAACGGGCUUAGGGCGGAGUUCGCCCUGCUGGAGGCUGAGGGCCCCAAGGCAGCCGGCUCUCUGCUGGAGGCUGAGGGCCCCAAGGCAACCGGCUCUCUGCUGGAGGGUGAGGGCCCCAAGGCAACCGGCUCUCUGCUGGAGGCUGAGGGCCCCAAGGCAACCGGCUCUCUGCUAGAGGCUGAGGGCCCCAAGGCAACCGGCUCUCUGCUGGAGGCUGAGGGCCCCAAGGCAACCGGCUCUCUGCUGGAGGCUGAGGGCCCCAAGGCAGAGACCUGUCUGCUGGAGGCUGAGGGCCCCAAGGCAGAGACCUGUCUGCUGGAGGCUGAGGGCCCCAAUGCAGAGACCUGUCUGCUGGAGGCUGAGGGCCCCAAGGCAGAGACCUGUCUGCUGGAGGCUGAGGGCCCCAAUGCAGAGACCUGUCUGCGGGAGGCUGAGGGCCCCAAGGCAGAGACCUGUCUGCUGGAGGCUGAGGGCCCCAAGGCAGCCGGCAGUCUGCUGGAGCACGCAGAGCUGAGCUGCGGGCCGGACGUGGAGACGCUGCUGCUGGACGCCAGUCUGGAGACGGAGCGGAGAGACGCGCCCUGAAGACCCCAGGCUGCGUCGUGGGACCCCCGGUCUGCCUCCUCAGAUGGUCGCCUCUCUCCGCCAGACCCUCUGCCGGCUGGAACACCGUACAUAAAGAUAUACCAACAUGUUAAAUAGACCAAAAAGAUAGAGCAUCUCAAACAGAAAGACUUUUGAAAACAACUCCACCAUCACCACGCUUUGGCACUAGGCAUCAGAGCUCCACCUGCCCCACACUACACCCCCCACUGAGCCCCAGGAAGAGGUGCUACAGUCGGGCGCUCUGCUCCAUCGACGCCCCAGAACCCCACACCACAAGAGGGGGCUGAUGACACUAACCAAAGACUACAGAAUACAGCCCCCCCCCCCAGGCAACAGGUGUGGUAUGGUGUGUACCCCACCCUGUCAGGCGCUCCCAGGAGCCAGGCGUCUUCCUCGCUGGGUUCCUCAGCCUGGGGGUCUCCAAGCUCACAGAUCUGUUUGGUCCCCGAGGGAAAAUGAGUUGAGAAAGUUGUUGAAAGUGUCCCUCUUGUGUUUGCUGUGUCCCUGCCCAGCCCCCCUACACUACUGUCCUCAUUCUGAUGAGUCGUGCUGUUAAUGGAAGUCAAACUGUACGGCCUUCAAAUCUGCCGACCAAAUCCAAUCGCAGACACUUUAACGUGGUCUCGCUUCACGGAUGUCCUUCCCCCCCCCCCCCACCUGCUCACAGCUGCGGGGGACAUAUAAGGCGUCUUGAUACGAGUAGAUUGUCCCCUGUUCCUUCCUUCCUGGCCUUCUUUAUUCCGUCUUCCACUAGUAGCGUCGUCCCCCGUGAUUCAUGUUGCCUUCACUUCAUUCUUAGUUUGAAUUUUAUCCUGGCUUUUGUUUUGCUGCUUUGAGAAAUCGAUUGUUUUUGUAUUUAUUUUAUAGAUCUAUGAGCCUCUCUGUGUGGAUUAUUCCCCUCCCUUCCCUUUUGUGUUUAAUGUUAUUUCUUUAUUAAGGGUUUUUGCUUUAAGCGACUUGCCCCGUUGGUGUAAAUGUCCUGUUGGAUUAGGUGGUUGUUUCUCUUGAUUGGGGAAAGGGUCUUGGUAAUAAAGAUAUCUUCGGGUGAAGGGUUUACGUCAA